AUGGCUUGGCAAUCGCCCUCGGCCAUGGUCGGGGCUGGAGGCUAUGGCGGACCCGGGGACGGGUCCUCCAACGGCGGGCAACCUCAGGGGACGGAGUAUACACUACAAGGCGUUAUGCGCUUCCUGCAGACAGAGUGGCAUAGACACGAGCGAGACCGCAAUGCAUGGGAAAUCGAGCGCGCAGAAAUGAAGUCCCGCAUAGGCAAGCUGGAAGGUGAUGUGCGCACAAGCAAGCGUCUACAAGAGUCCCUGGGUAAACACGUUAGGCUACUCGAGGCUGCGUUGAAGAAGGAGCGCGAAAAGGUCAAGAAGCUUAGCAACAACGAGAAGGUUGAGGACACCAGGGAUCCCAAGGAUAUCGCUCGAGAGAGUAUAAAUGCCUUGAAAUCACAACGCCCCAAGCCGCCCACUGAGCUCAACGAAGCCGAGUUGAACGACAAUCAACCCGACUUCCGGCAAGAAAAUGAACGGGAAAAAUCGCGCCUUUAUUUGUCUAAAUGUUCCCAAGAAGUGACUUACCACGUUAUCCCUGCAUCGCAUCCUCCUCCCGAGCUUAGCGAUCCGGAACUCCCAAACCAUAUCUACGGAAACCAACAGCUGUCGCAGCAGGCACUGGAGGAAGCAUACCACAUUCAGCAGCAGCGUCAAAAGCAACAGCAACAGCAGCAGGCAAAUCAUAUUAUGGCACGGGAGGUAUCUCUUCAGAACCACCAGCCCAUUGUGGCUCAGUACCCUGAGAGUUCAGGAAUCGCUCGCCAGCCAAAUCAGUUUGGCCUGCCUCCCGGUUCUAGAGAAGCUUUGGAAAGGAAGCCUUUGGAACCGCAGCAGACCCCAGCCACUGCGGUUGAUAGUAGAAAGCAGGUUCCCGAACAUACAAUUGUGACUGAGCGCACUGGUGCUGAGAAGCAAGUAUAUGAUGUGUACGGUGCACAAGGAGGGGCUAAGGAGGAGAUACAGCCACAACAAGCAGAACAGCAACAACAAGAGGACUCAGAUGGUUGGAACUUUGACGAACCAUCCGAAAAAGAGCCCCCAACUGAACCGAUGCCGCCUCAUCGGCCAGACGUGGAUGCUUUUCCUAACGCCAACUUUGUUCGAUCGAAAUCUCCUUCACGCCCUGGAUCGCUCUCCCAUAGACGGAAAAGCUCGGGGGCUAGGAGCAAGAGCGAGGCAUCGAGCGACAGCAUCGGAGGAGCGGCCCAGAAACAGGACACUAACUUUAAAGUUAGAUUUGCUCUGCGCGGGCACCUGGAUGUCGUCCGCGCUGUGAUUUUCACCGGUGGUGGUAGUCCUUCAGAGCCAGAAAUCUGUACUUGUAGCGAUGAUGGCACGAUCAAGCGAUGGAUUAUUCCGGCAACAUACGGCAACUUUGGCUCUCAUAAUGUCAAUUCGAGCAGUGAUCUGGAUAUAACUAGCUAUUUCACACACAGAGGGCAUGUUGGUGCUGUCACAGCGUUAGCCGCAUGCUCUCCUUCCCGAGAUUUCUCUAAUGGUGGCCGCGCUUUGGGUGACGGCUGGGUAUUCUCCGGUGGCCAAGAUGCAAGUGUGCGUGUCUGGGAACGAGGAAGGAUUGACCCUAAGGCCACACUUGAUGGCCAUACAGAUGCUGUAUGGGGUCUUUGUGUCCUUCCUGGAACUACCGGGUCUGUGUUUGGAGACUCUUGUGGUCAUUACGGUGGCCCUGAUAGGAUCUUGUUGGCCUCUGGGGCUGCGGACGGUCAGAUACUGAUAUGGGCGGUUAGCGCUCCCCCCCAACUCUCCUCACCGCAAGCAGGGAACAGACGAGCUGGAGGAAGCCGGAGGGCAAACUCGAUUUCGUCCGGUUCAAACUUCCCAUCCUCACCGCAACCUAGUAUGGCUACUUCAACACCGUUCCACUACACCCUUAUUCACAAGAUCACGCGGAAGGAUUCCCCUUCGCCGACCUGUAUUAGUCCGUUGUCACUUGCCGGUGUAAACUUUGUGGUGUCCUUUUCGGACGCUUCGAUCAUUGUCUAUGACACGAGGACCGGUGAGGAAAUUGUGGGAAUGGCGAGUCUGGAGACGUACGAUGGCACUCCUUCCACAGGGGUCAACUCCGUUGUAGCAACUACGGUUGGAUUCGACGGGUCUGCUGGCCUUGACCCCAGCCGCAUCUCGGGUGAAGAAGAGGUGGUUCACGGCGCCACUGGCUCAAGUAGUGUGGAGGGUGUCAUAAUAAGUGGUUAUGAAGACCGAUACAUCCGUCUUUUCGACGCUAAUAGUGGACAAUGCACUUAUACUAUGCUGGCGCACCCGUCCGCUAUUGCGUCACUUUCCCUAUCUCCAGAUGGACGCGAACUGGUGUCGGCCGGCCAUGAUGCCAGUCUGCGGUUCUGGAACCUCGAGAAACGCAGCUGCACCCAAGAAAUCACCAGUCACCGGUUGAUGCGUGGUGAAGGUGUGUGUUCCGCCGUCUGGAGCCGCGAUGGCCGAUGGGUCGUUAGCGGCGGCGGCGAUGGUCUGGUCAAGGUCUUCUCGAGGUAA